GUUUACAAACCGCGUUCAGAUUGUUGACGUAAGACAGCAACCUAAUUUUCUACAAGAUUUGGAAGGUUGCUAUCUGUUGACAGUUUACGCAAGAUGGCGUCAUAUUUAUCAAUGGCAAAAGAAAACGCCAGCCGUAAUGGAUCAAACGCCAUCGUCCACAGAGAAUCAGGUAGCUGCAACACCUGUCGCUUCAAAGGCACUGGAACUAAUAACACCAUUUAUUUCAGUGGAUCGGGAAGUUGUAAUGACGUUAAAGUCUAUGGCUCAGGGAGUGGUAACACCAUCUACAUCAACUGCUACGGGAGCUGCAACGACAUCUACAUCAAAGGGACGUGUCAAGACUGCACCAUCACUGUCAAUGUCAGGGGAAGUUGUCAUGACAUCUGCGCCAACGUCAGCGGAAAAGGUAACAACAUCGUUGUCAACAGCAACGGCAGUUGUAACGACACGGUGGUCACCGCCGGCGGAAACGCCAACAACACCUACAUCACCAGCAAAGGCAGCUGCAACGACACCGUGAUUAAUGCUUUAGGGAGUGCGAACAACACCUUAAUCACCGCCGGGGGGAGUUGCAAUGAUACCAGGAUCAACGCCGCGGGGAAUGCCAACAAAACUCUUAUCAGCGCGCGGGGAAGCUGUAACGACACCGUGAUCAAAGCCGGGGGGAAUUCCAACAAAACCAUCAUCGCCACCAGCGGAUCAUGCAAUGACACCAUGAUCAAGGGGAUAGGGAGCCAGAACACGACAGGAAACGGCAACACAGGAAAUGGCAGCAGUCGACAAGACACGACAGCCACAAACGGCUCCAGAAAAAGAUCACUCGCAGAGCUGGAGUGGAAGGACACCAGUGAGGGGUCAAAGCGGACACGGCAAGACUGACCUGACAGAUAGAAGCUUCUAGAUGCUGCAGUAGAGUCAAGGCGUGCAAACAUUCAUCCCGUUCAUUUAGACAGACAGAUUGGUAGGAAGGUCGUCUUAGAGAUUUAAACAUGUCGCAUGCUCAUUGUAAAAUUGUAUUGCUCCAAAUAACAUGUUAUGUCUCUACAUAAUGCUGAGGGGAUACAUUUUAGCCAUGAAAAGAAAUAAAAU